CGAGAAUUUGUGGACGGUCCCUUAAGUUUCUGAUGAAAUCUCUCCCCGGAGCAAGAAGACGGACUCACCGACACACGGAAGCGAGGCAAAGAUUAUACUUGUAAUUCGGGAAAGGCCUGGAGGUUAUAAACCACGGAUAGAUAUUUUUUGAAACAGUUAAACCCGGAGAACGAAGCCAAGAGAUUGUUUCUUUCCUAAUAGAGUAUUUCAAAUUAGACGAUACUCCUGUUAAAGCUAACUGCGAAGCUAGCUAGCUUCUCCCGUUAAGCUACCCUGCUAGCAUCCGCCGUUGGAAUCCGCAGACCUCAAGCCGCCCGUUGCCUUCUCUACGGAUAUAUAAAGCCGACUCUAAAAGGAACAUGGCUCGUCUUACUUCGUCACAUCGGGGCUCGUCCGCCUUGUUUUUUGUCCCCGUCUUCGCGAAGUUCUCCACCAGAAAGAAGUCCAACCACCGCUCUCAGAAGAGCGUCAACGCCGCGGAGCGCGCCGGUCGCACGGACGUCAUUCCCUGGGUUCCCGCUUGCUGCGGCGGUCGGUACGUGUGCCAGCACGUGUAACGACGACAUCCACGUCAAACUAUUGUCACUAAACGUGUGUCGUACAUAGAUGUCCAGAGCUCCCGUUGACCCGGCUGGAGCCGCUGCAGCCUUCGACAGUUUGACAGCUGUCACGUUCGCCGCCGAGCUGCCGUUUGUGAUCAGUUUUCUCAGGUCGCAUAGUUUAUAUUUUUGCACUUUUAAACUUGAAGAAAAACAUGUUAAGAAAUUUUAACGGUGAGGGACAUUUGUCUGGCGGACACAGCUCGUCCUUCCCCGCCGGACGUGGACUCGCCUCUCCCGGGCUUGACACUCAGGAAAGCUCGUGGCUCGGCCUACUGUCAAGGCCCGCAAUGGCAUUUCUGCAACGAUGUCUCCCGGGCCGACCGCAAACCCCCGUCAGGGCGGAAACGGGAGCCGGGUGGCUCAGUGGGGGUUUAAAGAACAACUUAAUCGAUGAUGAUGAACGCGAGUUGUUGAGACAGCUGGACGACAUGAUGCCGCUCACACAGCACGCCGCCCCUCACCUGACCCACCUGCGGCAUCAGCACGACCGGGCCGCCGGCCGCCUGGAGCCUUGGGGCGGCGGCACUUUAACGUGGUUUACCGCUGAUUCGCUGCUGGAAAUGGGAAUUCAAACCUCGGAGGAAAUUGACUUAAAUUACUGCCCGCAAGCCCACAUUGGAUAUUUUUCUUCUAAUGCUUUUCUCAGUCAUGAUCUGUUGAGCUUGGUGUCAUCUCAGGAAACUGGUCCCCGAGGAGGGAAGGACUGGGAGCCGGCGGGUCAUCUGGCAAAGAUCUGCAGGGGUAAAAGCAGGACGUGGUGGGGCAGCUUCUGGGACGGUGAGGAGAGCUUCCGUAAAGGGCUGCCGUCAGAUGUCUCCAGGGCCGGGGAGGUCCCCAUCACAGGCUGUCCUUGUCCACAACAACCAGCGGUGGAAACAAAAGCAAACGAAACAACAGGUCUGUUUGUCCAGUGCGGUGGCCGGGGAUGGACGCCGGGAGAAAACACUGGACUGACUGACGUCAAAGAGGAGCUGUCACACAACGGAGGCCUUCCAACGGUCCAGAACACGGAGCGGUCCGCCACGGACCGCCUCCCCAAAAUCGGUAACCACCUGAGCAGUUCAGGAGCUGCCGCCGCCUGCAGUGAGGUGGCACUUCUGACCCCUGAUCGGGACAAUGGUUACUCCGCUCUGGAGCAGGAGCUCUUCCUGGUGGGCAUGAAAGUUCAGAGUGAAGCGCGGUCGCAGCAGGAGGUCGAUUCAGUUAAAAAUGGCACCCCCGGCGAGACAGAGAUGGAGGAAGGGACCUCUGAGGAGGGAGAGGAAAAGUCCGUGGAGCCAAUAGCGCUCACCCAUCCGCAGUGCCAAAAUAAAGCCAUCGCCUUCAUCAUGGGAUGCCCCUGCAGUGACGACAGUAGCCAAUCAGACGGGACCUCCAGUGAUGACGAUGACUACGAUGAUGAUGCUGGCUUUAAAAGCGACGGCUCGUCUGAUCAGUCAGACUCAACGGACGACGAAGAUGAUGAUGAAGAAGAGGACGAUGAAGCCUCAGACAGCGACGCCGACACUGAGGCGAAACGCAUGUGGAGCUCCCUUUGCAAAAGUGUUGAUCCCUACAACCCCCGAAACUUCACCGCCCAGCAGCACACCGUCACCUCCCCACCCAGGCCCAUCCCCACGCCUCCGUCUUCCGCUCUGUCCACCCCGGGGUCCUCCCCCGAAGUCACCCCGCUGCCUCUCACCUCGUCCUCCCCUCCGUCCGGCAGCGACACCUGGGACGACUCCACCUCAGCCAGCGAAGUGGACGAAGCGGAAAGCCUCCGCCUGUUUAGCUCCUUCGGCUGCUCCUCGGACCCUUACAGCCCCUUAAACUUCCAGGCAACGUUCAGGAGCCAAGGGUCCGUAGAGGAGGCGGGGCCCCGGGCCAGGCCGAAGAAGGCCUCCCAGACUCCCUCCUGCUCCUUCCGCCCGAACCCGGCGGCUCCUCCUGAGUACAGGAAGGAGGAGGCGGAGGAGAGGCUGGACAGUGGCUUCUCUGAGCUCUCCACCACGCAGAGCUGCAGCACGACCAAAAAGGUUCGUUUCUGUGACGAUGUGGAGGAGUUCUUUGCCAGCUGUGGGGAGGAGGGCGAGGUGGAGGACCGGCGGGGCCCCUGGGAGGAGCUGGCCCGGGACCGCUGCAGAUUCCUGCGGCGCUGCCAGGAAGUGGAGCAGAGCAUCGACUACUGCCUGCAGCCACAGCACCGCACCCUGGUGUACCACCGCCUAGUCACUGUGCUCUACACCCAGGACGCCUGAGCACCCUCAAGCUGUCCUCAGCCCUCCAUGCCAGAGGACAACUACUCCGAUCUGUCCUGGAUGCACGGGGGUCGAUCCGCUCUCUACUUCCUGGAAGCACGGGGGUCGAUCCGCUCUCUACUUCCUGGAAGCACGGGGGGUCGAUCCGCUCUCUACUUCCUGGAAGCACGGGGGGUUGAUCCGCUCUCUACUUCCUGGAAGCACGGGGGGUUGAUCUGCUCUCUACUUCCUGGAAGCACGGGGGGGCGAUCCGCUCUCUACUUCCUGGAAGCACGGGGGGGCGAUCCGCUCUCUACUUCCUGGAAGCACGGGGGGGCGAUCCGCUCUCUACUUCCUGGAAGCACGGGGGGGCGAUCCGCUCUCUACUUCCUGGAAGCACGGGGGGGCGAUCCGCUCUCUACUUCCUGGAAGCACGGCGGUCGAUCCGCUCUCUACUUCCCGGAAGCACGGG